AUGCAAAAAAAAAGAGCCCAGGCAGGAAGACAAACCUAAAUAAGAAGCUAACUUCUGUAAGAAGCUGUAAAAAGAGUGAUGCUGGCAGCUGCCUUUGCAGACUCUAACUCCAGCAGCAUGAAUGUAUCCUUUGCUCAUCUCCACUUUGCCGGAGGGUACAUGCCCUCUGAUUCCCAGGACUGGAGAACCAUCAUCCCGGCUCUCUUGGUGGCCGUCUGUCUGGUGGGCUUCGUGGGAAACCUGUGUGUGAUUGGCAUCCUCCUUCACAAUGCUUGGAAAGGAAAGCCAUCCAUGAUCCACUCCCUGAUUCUGAACCUCAGCCUGGCUGAUCUCUCUCUCCUGCUGUUUUCUGCACCUGUCCGAGCUACAGCAUACUCCAAAAGUGUUUGGGAUCUAGGCUGGUUUGUCUGCAAGUCCUCUGACUGGUUUAUCCACACAUGCAUGGCAGCCAAGAGCCUGACAAUCGUUGUGGUGGCCAAAAUAUGCUUCAUGUAUGCAAGUGACCCGGCCAAGCAAGUGAGUAUCCACAACUACACCAUCUGGUCAGUGCUGGUGGCCAUCUGGACUGUGGCCAGCCUGUUACCCCUGCCAGAAUGGUUCUUUAGCACCAUCAGGCAUCAUGAAGGUGUGGAAAUGUGCCUCGUGGAUGUACCAGCUGUGGCUGAAGAGUUUAUGUCGAUGUUUGGUAAGCUCUACCCACUCCUGGCAUUUGGCCUUCCAUUACUUUUUGCAAGCUUUUAUUUCUGGAGAGCUUAUGACCAAUGUAAAAAACGAGGAACUAAGACUCAAAAUCUUAGAAACCAGAUACGCUCAAAGCAAGUCACAGUGAUGCUGCUGAGCAUCGCCAUCACCUCUGCUCUCCUGUGGCUCCCCGAGUGGGUAGCUUGGCUGUGGGUAUGGCAUCUGAAGGCUGCAGGCCCGGCCCCACCACAAGGUUUCAUAGCCCUCUCUCAAGUCCUGAUGUUUUCCAUCUCUUCAGCAAAUCCUCUUAUUUUUCUUGUGAUGUCGGAGGAGUUCAGGGAAGGCUUGAAAGGCGUAUGGAAAUGGAUGAUAACCAAAAAACCUCCAACUAUCUCAGAGUCUCAGGACACACCAGCUGGCAACUCAGAGGGUCUUCCUGACAAGGUUCCAUCUCCAGAAUCCCCAGCAUCCAUACCAGAAAAAGAGAAACCCAGCUCUCCCUCCUCUGGCAAAGGGAAAACUGAGAAGGCAGAGAUUCCCGUCCUUCCUGAUGUAGAGCAGUUUUGGCAUGAGAGGGACACAGUCCCUUCUGUACAGGACAAUGACCCUAUCCCCUGGGAACAUGAAGAUCAAGAGACAGGGGAAGGUGUUAAAUAGAUUUAAGUUUCAAAGCAAAACAAAUUGUGAUUAUUGUAUUUACUUGUACUGCUGCUUAUCAAUAUUGCUGACUUUACAAACUGUAAUACAAUUAUUACCAUUAGGCAUUACAAAAAUAUUUCACAAUCUACACUCUCCAAAUGUGCAAUGUGGUAAGUAGAGAACCAUGUUAGAAGUAAUAAUUAUGUUUCAGAAUUAGAACCUGGCUUCCCAAACAAUUUAAGUGUUGUGUAAAGAUGUUGCUGUCAAAGUGAUUAGACAGCCCAGCUAUUCUGUCAUUUGUUCACAAUGGUUUCACUGGGUAACCCCUAGGACCAGCCCUGUAGUGGACCGGCUGGAGCCUGGAGUAGAGGUUCUGUCAAAGCUGAGCCUCUCUACCUUCAGUUUCAUCCUGGACCUGCUAGUCCUAAUUUUACCUACCAAACUGUAUUUCACAUAACCAAAGCUCAAAAUCUACUUUCACUUGAGAUUUUUAACACAUUAAUGAUAAAUUUUAAUGAGUUAUCUUCAUUUACUUAAUAAAUGUUAAUUUACUUGAUGAAAAGUCCGUAUCAUAAUGUUCAUGACUGAAGGUCAAAGAAAAAGAAACAGCACCUUAUUCCAAUUCUGGACUAAUUUCAACCCAUGGCUGGUUCUAGCUAAGUUUAAAUAAAUUCCAACUUAUACUAAAGCCUGCUUCAGUGAACUUUUUAAAGCUACCUGAAUGAGUCUUCAGUUUCUGAGAAUUUUAGCAGCUUUCCAAUGACUUUCAAUAGUCUGAUAUGGGGGAAAAAAGUACUUUAAAAAUGCCCUCUCUUCACUUCCAAAAUGUGGGACAGUUAUUUUUCUAUAAGCAGAAAUGUGUUCCUCUUAAUAUCUCCUUUCUCCCAAGAUAAACCAUGGUUAAUGAUAUAGGUCUAGAUUACUCCUCAAAUAUAAAUAGAAGAUAGAGAUGGUGAUGUUUCUUGUUAAUGGUACUAAACUUACCCUCACCCAUAACGUUGAACUUCAACCCUACUCAACUUUUAAAAUACUAUAGGAUUUCUAAGUUAUAAAAAUAAUCGAGCAACCUGAGAGAGAGAUUGAUGUCAAAAAGAGAAAAUUCAACAAACACAAGACAGAAUUUGGUUAAGAAUACAAAGCAUAAGGGCAAUGCAGAAAGAAAAGCAGUAAAACUGUGUACCCAGACAUAUGGUAAAAUUUGAGUAAUAGGCAAUAACCAUUCAUUUUAUAGCAAGGUAAAACAUACCCAGUAAAACAUGAUUAUAAUACAUUUCUUCCCCUUUUAAGUAUAAUGACAUUCGUCCAUGAUGCUUGAUUACUUUGUUAUGGAACUUGGGUAUUUUCACUGAAAGGUUCCCUCAGAACAGAAAAAAUGCCUUUAGGGCAAACCAAGCAAUGUAGAAUCUGAAAUACAAAGAGUAUGUUACGGAAAAAAAAAAAAGAUGUUGUUUUUUAUAUUGUGUAUGGGUUUCCGGAUUCUUUGCUUUUUCAUAAGUGGUCAUAGUUUGCUUUUUAACACAGGAGGUAGGGCUAUAUUCUUUUUACUUCCUUCAAUACAAAUUUCAUGUAAAGCUCAUGUAUUCAAAUAUAGUAAAAUUUAAUCCAAGAAUCCAAAAUAUUGUUUUGUGAUAUGGUAGUUACAGAAGGGAUUAUCAUUGUGAUUAUUUGAAUUAAUAGUUUUUAUGUUCAUUAUAUGGAGUAAAUUUAGGAUGUAAGCUUCUAGGGUUUGACA